AGCUCGGGACACGGUGGCGAGCAAUGAGUCGUUUGCAGAGACGCAGCAGUGAAUGUCUCAGAUCUGUUCAGAAGCGGUAGCAUCGCUCGCGUGAAGUUCAGCGCGCGGUGACACGGACGUGCCAGAUGGCGGGAGCGCAGCCGGGAGUUCACGCGCUCCAGCUCAAACGCGUUUCAGUGCCCGAGAAGCUGAAGACGGGUGACAAGUUCAUGAAAUGGGACGAUGACUGCACCACAGUUACGCCGGUGACACUGCGAGUUGAUCCUCACGGAUACUUCCUGUACUGGACUGAUCAGAAUAAGGACACCGAGCUGUUAGACGUCUCCCUCAUCAAGGAUACGAGAAAUGGGAGAUUUGCCAAGAUGCCAAAGGAGGCGAAGCUGCGAGAGCUGCUGGAUGUGGGGACUCUGGAGGGGAAGAUGGAGAACCGGACGCUCACAGUGGUCAGUGGUUCGGACAUGGUCAACAUCACCUACCUGAACUUUGUGGCCUUUCAUGAAGAGGUGGCCAAGGUGUGGGCCGAGGAGCUUUUCAGCUUGGCAUCGAACCUGCUGGCACAGAACAUGUGCAGGGAAUCCUGUCUGGAGAAGCUAUACACAAGACUGACGUUACAGUCGACAGCCGAGGGCGGGAUUUCUGUGAAAAACAUCGCCCGCCUGAUCCCUGUUGAAAAACGGCGAGUUGAAAACGCUCUGGAGGUCUGCGGCCUGAUGACCCGACGAGGUGACUCCAUUCCUCAGGACAGAUUUACACCUGAAGUAUACCGACAGCUGCUGAACAACAUUUGUCCACGGAACGACAUCGAUACGAUCUUCUCAGAAAUUGGCGCUAAGAUCCGGCCGUACCUCACCGUGGAGCAGAUGACCGACUUCCUGAACAACAAACAGAGAGACCCUCGUCUGAAUGAGAUCCUGUACCCGCCCCUCAAAGCCGAGCAAGUGCAGGGAUUGGUGGAGAAAUACGAGCCUGACACCAUGCUUUCACAACGAGGGCAGAUCUCGGUGGAGGGAUUCGCCAGAUAUCUGAGCGGAGAAGAGAACAGUAUCAUCCCUCCAGAGAAGCUGGACCAGAGUGAAGACAUGACACUGCCCCUCUCACAUUACUUCAUCAACUCCUCGCACAACACCUACCUCACAGCGGGUCAGCUGGCUGGAAACUCAUCGGUGGAGAUCUACCGGCAGGUCCUGCUGUCCGGCUGCCGCUGCGUGGAGCUGGACUGCUGGAAGGGCCGGACCGCCGACGAGGAGCCGGUGAUCACACACGGCUUCACCAUGACCUCCGAGAUCUCUUUCAAGGAGGUGAUCGAGGCCAUUGCGGAGAGUGCCUUCAAGACGUCCCCGUUCCCCGUCAUCCUGUCCUUUGAGAACCACGUGGACUCUCCAAAACAGCAGGCAAAGAUGGCAGAGUAUUGUCGAUCAAUAUUCGGAGAUGCAUUGCUCACAGACCCGCUGGAGAAAUACCCUUUGGAGGCCGGUGUUCCUCUGCCGAGUCCAGUGGACCUGAUGGGGAAAAUCCUCAUCAAAAACAAGAAGAAUUCCCACAAAUCUGACGGCUGCGUCAAGAAGAAGCUGACUGAGCAGACGUCCAGCGCCUGCAGCGACACGUCCAGCGUGUGUGAGCCCUCGUCCCCCAGCGCAGGGUCGACGCAUCAGGAGACGCCGGACAGCGUUCAUGCAGACGGGACUGAGAGAUUCGAAAGAAGAUUCCAGGGAAUGAAGUCCUUUGAUAAAACCAGCGGCUCGAUAUCAAAUAACGCAGGUGAAGCAGACGCAGAGAGCGAUGUUGAUGAUGAUAACGACGAAAGUAAAAAAUCCAUUGAUGAAGGGAUGGCGGUAAAUGAAGCCUUCGCCACAGAGGAGAUGUCCAACUUAGUCAACUACGUUCAGCCUGUUAAAUUCAACUCCUUCGAGGCGUGCAAAAAGAUUGAUCGAAGUUACGAAAUGUCGUCGUUUGUGGAGACUAAAGCGCUGGAGCUGCUCAAAGAAUCGCCGGUGGAGUUCGUCGAGUAUAAUAAACUACAGCUGAGCAGAAUUUAUCCCAAAGGAACGCGAGUCGACUCCUCGAACUACAUGCCUCAAGUCUUCUGGAACGCCGGCUGUCAGCUCGUCGCUCUGAACUUCCAGACCAUCGAUCUGCCCAUGCAGCUGAAUCUGGGCAUAUUCGAGUACAACGGGAAAUGUGGCUACAGACUGAAGCCGGAGUUCAUGAGACGGACGGACAAACAGUUUGACCCGUUCACACAGAGUACAGUAGAUGGGAUCGUCGCACACACGCUGUCCGUGAAGAUCAUAUCCGCUCAGUUCCUGUCUGAAAAGAAAGUCGGUGUUUACGUGGAGGUGGAAAUGUAUGGCCUGCCGGUGGACACCAAACGGAAAGCGUUUAAGACCAAGACGUCCCAAAGCAAUGCCGUCAAUCCGGUGUGGGAUGAAGAGCCAAUGGUCUUCAAAAGAGUGGUUCUUCCCACGCUCGCGUCGCUGAGGAUAGCCGUGUACGAAGACAACGGAAAAGUUAUUGGCCAUCGCAUCAUCCCAGUAUGUGCCAUCCGACCUGGAUAUCAUUACAUCAGUCUGAGGAAUGACAAGAACCAAGCGGUGAAUCUGUCGUCUGUGUUCGUCUACACUGAGGUCAAGGACUACGUCCCAGACACCUUUGCAGAUGUGAUCGAGGCUCUGUCCAAUCCCAUCCUGUAUGUCAGUCUGAUGGAGCAGAGAGCCGAUCAGCUGGCGGCUCUGACACAGGAGGAGGAGGAGGCCGACGGAGAGCAGGUGAAUGGAGGUGGAGAUCUGGUGUCAGAGGUCACGCCUGACCCGAACCCGGCCGCGGCAGCAGAGAACGGGGUGAACCACGACAGAGUCUCGCCCAAACCAUCCGUGGUCAGUCAGCAGACUCCAUCCUCAGGGUCGGUCAAACCUGUCGCGAGGCCUGAGGACGUCGUACAGAGUGUUUUAACAGAGGUGGAGGCUCAGACUGUAGAUGAACUGAAACAGCUGAAGGGUUAUUCGAGGGAGCAGAAGAGGCAGUACAAAGAAUUAAAGGAUCUCAUGAAGAAGCACAACAAGAAAACGAACGACUUGAUCAACGAACACGCAGCCAAACAGAAGCAGCUGCACAGCGAGUUCCUGCGCCGCAGGUCGGCUCUGCAGAAGAGGAGCGUCUGUGAUCAGGAUGCGGAUCUGAUGGCGCUGGAGCAGGAGAGAGGUCAGAAACUGAGUGAACUGAAGGAGCAGCAGCAGCAGCAGCUCCUCACGCUGAGACAGGAGCAGUUCUACAGCGAGAAGUACCUCAAACGAGAACACGUCAGACUGAUGGUUGAGAAGCUGUCGGCCGUGGCGGAGGAGUGUCAGAGUAACCAGCUGAAGAAACUCAAAGAUCUGUGUGAGAAAGAAAACAAAGACUUGAAGAAAAGGAUGGACAAGAAACGACAGGAGAAGUUUCAUGAAGCCAGAACGCUGGAGAAAACUCUGACUGACGAGAGAAAGAUGGAGAUGAACAGAUCUCACGUGAAUGAGGUGGUGCAGUCCAUCAGACGGCUGGAAGACGCUCAGGCCAAACGACUGGAGAGACUGCUGGAGAAACAUAAAGAUAUUCGACAGCAAAUCCUGGAUGACAAACCGAAGCUUCAGAGCGAGCUGGACCAGGAGUAUCAGGACAAGUUUCGGAGGCUCCCGGUGGAAAUCCAAGAAUUCGUGCAGGAUUCUGCUGCUUGUAAAGGCAAGCUAAGCAACAGCAGUGACUGUCUUCCUGUUUCCACCGCGAAGGAAGCGAACGUGGAGUUGGUAUCUUCAGAGAAAGUGUUCAACGCGACUCUCUGAGUUUGUGUUUGUACUUCGUACGCUGUUGAGUUUUCCCUGAUUUAAUGUGCACCUUUUAGUAUGACGACUGGAUGACUUACUUGAACAAUGUUAAAAACAAUUUUCCUUUUUUUUCUUACUUUUAAAACUUAGUUUUCACAAGAACUUGCUGCUUAUGUGGAUUUAAAUAUGCGUAUAUAUGUUUAGACGGACUCUCAUGUAUGUUUAGAUGAGUCUUAAUGACUUUUGAGCAGUCAUUUAAUAUGAAAUGUAGACUACUUAGGUCACAUAUGUUCAUCCCAGACGUGGCUGCUAUAUAUAUAUAUAUAUAUAUAUACACACACAUAUAUGGGCCAUUCCACAGAACUGGUGCAAACUGCUGUCCCACAACCAAAAAACACAUUUAAAAAGCAUUUAAUUAUUCAAAUUUUAGAUGUUUACUAAGAUCCUUCUAUUAUCUACUGAAUCCCACAAUAAUAUUUAAAGUAUCAGUGAGCUUAAUAUAUAUAAAAUCAUCAUUUAUUGGUACUUUCAAUUGGGAGGUGUCUGUCCCGAACCCUAACCCCUAAAUUUCAACUUGUGAAAAUGAUAUUGAAAUAAUUUUUGCAAUUUUUUCCAUUUUAAAAUUAUAUUUUAGAUUUUUUUAAAAGUGAAGUUAAAAAAUAUCUAUUUUAGAUUUUAUUUUUUAAAUCAUGAAACUUGUAAACUAUGUAAAAAUGUGUCCCUCAUGUUCAUGUCACUACCGAAACUGUGUUUGAGUCAUUGUCUGAGACUGAUUUUAACACACUUCUACAUUUCUGAUCAGGAAAUAUUCCUGUUCCUCCCUCUCAUCGCCUCUCUUUCACAGUAGAUAGCUCCAUCAUUCUGAGUUAAAUGUGUUCAGAAGUCUGAGAAUCUGUGUGGAACUUUAAGGAAUGUCACUAACAAACACCUUUUUCUGCAAUUAAGCAAACUUUUCUGAGUGUUAUUCCAUAAAAUGUAGUUUUUCUGUGUGUACAACUGUUCAGAAGUGUGCUAGCUAACCAUGUGCUGAUUAGCAUCUUUGAGCGGCUCAAAAGAGUCUAAAAUUGUCACUACCGAAACAGUCAUGACCAAAACAUGUCAUCAUUGUUUUGGUAGUGAAAAAAGGGAAACAUUAUCAUUUAUUUGGGGGAAAUAAACACAAUUGUAGUACAGUUAUGCAAAUCAUUAGUGUUUUAAUAUGUGAGUUAAAUUGUGUCAUGUGAUCUGGUCACUACCAACACAUUACUGUCACUACCGGAUAUGUGCAGUCACGACCGAAACAUGGGAUGUUUUAUCAAAAAUAAAGUAUAUUGAAUGAUCAACUAAGAUGUUAUUAUAGUGUUUGGUUCAAUGUUUAUUCAAACUAAUGAAAUCUUCACUUUGAAAUCAGUUUGAUAAACUUUGACUUUUACAAAGAAAGAUUGGAUUCAAAAUACAACAAAUCUCAUAAAUUACACUUGAAAUAUUGUUAAAAUUGUAAUUGUUAUUGAUUUACCUCUGAAAAGUUUAAAAAAAAUUAAAAAAAUAGAUAUUUCUAAGGUAGAUGUAAACAAAAUCUUAAUAGGUCAAUGUGACCCUUCUUAUUAAAUUAUUUAUUAUUGUGUUUCGGUAGUGGCAAAUUUGGGAGAGGAAAAAUAUUCCAGAACUUUCUAAAAAUACAAUAUGAGAAUUAACUGCACAAUUACUAGAAAUGUGUAGCUUGGAUAUUAUACAAUUUGCAUACAUACAACAUUUGUGGAAAAAGACACUUUUUGUUCAAGACGUUUCCAACUCUGACUUUAAGCCAGUUCUGUAGAAUGAUCCAUAUUCAUACACAACAACACAUGGACAUUAAAACAAAGGCAUCAAGUGAUUCAUUUGCAUGUUAUUGUACAAAAAUGUGAUGUGGAGGGAAAACAUUCAUUUACAACAUUUAUUUACAUGUAUGCAUUUGGCAGACACUUUUAUCCAAAGUGACUGCGUUCAAGUUCUACAUUCUGCAAGUUUACGCAUUCCCUGGGAAUCGAACCCGUGACCCUGGCGUUGCGAGCACCAUGAUCUACUGCUUGAGUCACAGGAAUGCUGUUUAAUAUGAAGAUUCAUAGAGUCAUUUAAGAUGUUUAAUAAAGAUUCUUAUGUGCAACAUAGAGAAAUAUCUGACCACAAACAUACUGUUUAUGACCCUUCUGUCUGACCGAGUCACGCCUGGACCAAAGCUGUUUCAAACGAAGAAGAACUUGAUGUGAAUGUUUACCAGUGGAAGAAGUGAACAUUUGUGCUGAACUGGUUCUUUUAUCAAUAUUUACGAAGCUCCUUGACAUGUCUGAUAUUAUCCAGAACUUGUCAAAACAACACCAGUGCCACAAACUGUACUGACCGCGUCUCAGAGAGAUGUUUGCCGUGAUGUGAGAGUCCUGUGCCUUCCAACACAUCACCUUCUCUAAUGCAGAGUGUAAAUUUGUCAUUUUAAUAUAACAAUGAGCUUCUCUUUUGUCUGUCGGUGUCCAGUGCACUACUGAGUAAAGCUUGUGACUAGCAGUAUUUCAGAGAAAUGUUACAUGCAUAGAAAUGUUUCUCCGUGUUGAAGUUUCUGUACGUGAAGCUCCUUCACAAAUGCCUGUGGAUGAAAUAAACGCAGCUUCUGUCUGAA